AAUUCUUAAAAGUUUGCCCUUUCCCCCUUCCUCUGAGCUCUGAAGUUUCAACUGAUCAAAAUCAUCUCUUUUGUUUUCGUCAACAUGAACAAUUUACUCACGGAUUCAUUCGUUGGUGAUGGAGGCCAUGGUCACAUUGAAAUGGGAAGACAAGCUCCCGGAAGUACCUCGGACAUGGGAAUGGAAGCUUUUAAUAAGCAGAUACAAGAGGUUGAGAAACAAGUGGAGAAGCUGUCGGGAUUACUAAGGAAACUCAAGGAUGCUAACGAGGAGUCAAAGUCUGUUACAAAGGCAUCCGCCAUGAAAGCAAUGAAGAAGCGAAUGGAGAAAGAUAUUGAUGAAGUCGGGAAGAUAGCACGUAAUGUCAAAGCAAGAUUAGAAGCGAUAAACAAAGAUAACUUAUCCAAUCGGCAAAAGCCUGGAUGUGAGAAGGGAACAAGCAUCGACAGAUCCAGGAUGAAUGUUACAAAUGCUGUGGCAAUAAGAUUCAAGGAUUUGAUGAUGGAGUUUCAGACUCUUAGACAGAAGAUCCAGGACGAGUAUCGGGAAGUUAUAGAAAGAAGGGUUAUUACAGUUACCGGGACCAGACCAGAUGAACAGACGAUUGAUCGCCUCAUUGAAACUGGAAACAGUGAACAAAUUUUCCAGAAGGCAAUUCAAGAGCAGGGUCGUGGACAGAUACUAAAUACAGUGGAGGAAAUCCAAGAAAGGCAUGAUGCUGUGAUUGAGAUCGAGAAAAAGCUACUCGAUUUGCAGCAGAUUUACCUUGAUAUUGCAGUCCUUGUUGAAUCACAAGGAGAAAUUUUAGACAACAUAGAAAGUCAGGUUUCAACUGCAGUCAGUAACGUCCAGUCCGGGACGGUUGCCCUUCAAAAAGCAAAGAAUCGACAGAAGAGUACACGAAAGUGGAUGUGCAUCGCCAUUUUGAUUCUCCUAAUCAUAGUUGCUGUUAUAGUUGUUGGAGUCCUUAAACCUUGGAAGAGCAGCUAAGGUACUUGCUUGCCUUCGUUCCUCUUUCUUGUUUGACCAUGUAGUUACUUCGGAAUCACUAGUUUUUCUUGUAUAAAUGAAUGCAAGUUCCACUUCGUGUGAUUCGGUUAACCUUUCGUAUCGAGGACUCUGCUGUUCGUCCCUUUCAUUUAUCGUUGUUUUUCCUUUAUACUUUCAAAAUUCAGAUGCAAAGUUUGGUUUUUUAAUAUUUACGCAACUGUGACUUGGAAAUUGCCAAACAAACACUAGGGGGAAAAUGGGGUUAAUUUCUUUGACUUGCCUUUGCCCGUGGCUUCCGUGGAUGAUAUGCCUCCUUGGACCGUCUAUCGUAAAAGUUCGCACUGGACCGGACUGUUUUUGGUGAGCCAAUGUGUCCACUCAGGUGUUUCUUUCUUCCCUCUGAAUCCUCUCCACGUAUGCUGCCAUCAAUCUCCUUGCGAAAUCUCUCACGAAUGUACACAUUUGCAUAUCAGUUGGGCGGUUGACAUGAAAGUCCACCAAGUCUCACGUCAAUUGGGCUUGAGAUCUAUAGUAUGAUCCCAUAAGCUGAACAUGUCUCACUGUGCCCAAUUUCAAUAA